AUGCCGUGCGGUCCCCCAGACGAGACGCGGCGGCGCUCACUGGCCAUUGACCGCCAGUUGCGCAAGGAGCGCAUGAGCAAACAGCGCGAAUACAAAAUUCUACUCCUGGGCACGGGCGAGAGCGGCAAAUCUACCAUCAUCAAACAGAUGCGCAUCAUCUACGGUCAAGGCUUUAACGAAUCCGAUCGCCUAGCCUACAAACCCCUCGUCUAUCGCAACAUCAUCACUUCCAUGAAGCGCAUGCUUGAUGCCCUCGACCAACUCAGCCUUCAACUCGCCGACUCCAGCUUGGAAGAGGAUGCUUACGACAAACUCGAUGUGGAUGUCAACACCGUCGACGCCAUCGAGCCAUACUACCCCCUGCUCAAGAAGCUGUGGAACGACAACGGCAUUCAACAGGUCUUUCAACGGCGCAACGAAUACCAGCUCUCCGACUCAACCGCCUACUACUACAAUCGCCUCGAUGCCGUGGCCGCUGCCGACUACAUACCCACCGUUGACGAUGUCCUCCGCUCCCGUCAAGCCACCACCGGCAUCCACGAGUUUGAGUUUGAUCUCGACUCGGUUGUCUUCCGCAUGAUGGAUGUCGGAGGCCAGCGCUCCGAACGCCGCAAAUGGAUCCACUCUUUUGAGGGCGUAACCUCUAUUAUAUUCAUUGCCGCUUGCAACGAGUAUGAUCAAGUCCUUGCGGAGGAUACCAAUGUCAACCGCAUGCAAGAAUCCCUCGCCCUCUUUGGCCAGAUCAUCCAGUACCACUGGUUUGCCAACAGUAGCUUCAUCCUUUUCCUGAACAAACAAGAUCUGCUCGAAGAAAAGGUCAAGACUCACCCCAUCAAGCCCUUCUUCCCCGACUACACAGGCCAAGAGGGUGAUUAUGAGAACAUUAAAAAGUUUAUCGAAACAAUGUACCGCUCGCGGAAGCCUGCGGGCAAGGACCUCUACACGCAUUUUACCAUGGCCACAGACACCUCUAAUAUCCAAUUCGUCUUCAAUGCCGUUCGAAGCACUCUAUUACGGAUCCAUCUCAAAGACUACAACCUAUUUUAA